UUCAGGCUCCCUGUGCCACUGACUCACUGCGGUUCUGAAGCCAAAAAGAUCUGAGAAAUAAAGCAAAGAAUCUGUCCAUGGCAGAGGGCAAAGACUCUGGCGGCCUUUUCUCCAGCAGCAAGCUAGUCUCGGACGCCGCCGCGUCGGUGUUCCAGCAUAAGAACGCAGACAACAUCGACAAGAAGGAGGUCGCCGGAGCGGCUGCAGAGAUCCUGCACGCGGCGUCCUCUUACGGCAAGUUGGAGGACAAGCCGGCCGGGCAGUACAUCGAAAAGGCCGAGGGGUACCUGAAGGAGUUCAGCUCAGGGCCAGCCGCUGGCGUUGAGAAACCUGCAGGCGACGCCCCGGCCCCUGUCUCCGCGGACGACGCGCCCAAGCCGGCGGAGGCGCCCAAGGAACCGGAGCCUGUGCCUGCCGCGGAGGAAGGCAAGUCGGAGGGGUUCGGACUGGACGACGUCGUCAAGGGCGCUGAGCAGCUGGUGGAGAAGCAGGGCGGUGAAGGGGAGAGCGCUGGCGGCGGCGCCGGUGGGCUGUUUAAUAUGGCCAAGGGGUUCCUGAAGUAGAGCUCACAUGCAGGCACCGCACUGCUUUAUUUCAGCUGUCGUAAUCAGCCUGCUUAUCUUUGGUAGUUUGGUGUGUUUUCUAUGUAAUUAACUGCUAAUAAAACCACGUUGGCUCCAUCCAGUCGGUGUGGUCAAUGGAGAAAGCGUUGUAGUCCUGUACAUGUUGGCAGUGUGUUGUAACGACUUGUCAUCGAAACUUGAAAAAGAUGCUGGUGUGCUUUUGAGUUUGUUAAGAAAAUUUGUUGGUAGUUGGCGAAUUAA